UUCAAUAGCAAAAACAAGAUUAUAUACGCCAAGCUGGAUACCAUCUUCACCACCAUCGAGUGCCUGGGUAACUGCAUAGCAUCUGCUGUAUCAGCAAACUCUCCCCAUAUCGGGGCAUGCUUUGGCGCAGUAGCAGUCCGGAUCAAGUCUGCACUGGACGAUUCGGCUCACUAUUACCGAAUCAUGGAGAUGUUUGAGGUGAUGGGGGUA